AUGGCUUCUUCAUGGCUGGGUGGACAGUCCAUUCUGGAGGAGGUUAUAUCUUGUGUACAUCACCGUCUUCUAGUAUGCCUCGACGAAGCUGCAUUGAGCACUGUUGGGUUGUGUUGCCGUGCUUUGGCUUGCAUAUCUGCAGAAGAAGGCCUCUGGCAGCGCUUGGCUCUGUGCCAAAGUCGGCUUGCCGCACUGCGGUUUCUAGGUGCGUUUAGCCCAGAAGCGCGUGAAACUACCACAGAUGACGUGAAGACUCUUGUUGCAGGACGGCGUUUGGCACUUGGUGUUCCAGCGCAAGCUGAAUCCGUGAAUUGGCGGGACAUGUGUCGGCAGCUAAAUAUUUCGAUGGCGGAAACGCCAUGGGAAUUGGAAGGCUACACGGACGGAUGCAGUGCAGCAUUAUGGACAGAACUGACAGACGAAACAUCGAGCGACCUUACGCUUCCGGGUUCGACAUCCAGCAACGUUUUGGCAUCCCAGUCUCCGCACUUGUUCUGGAUCGGUGGCGAUCGUAUGCUGGGAAUUGCUGGUGGAUAUUCGCCCGAUGUUGUGGGCGGCGCUUCGUUACAUCCUCUCAGGCAAGUGUGCCUUCUGGAUUUGCCGCAUGUUCGGGGUCAUCGAGAUCAAUUGACGCGUCCCCAACUCGUGGUACGCCGUUUGGAUUGUGGGACAACCGAGGCCAGACUUCCCCAUGGUCAUCCAUCCAUGAACGGAGCUGCUAGCGACUUUGACCCAACAAGGAAAACCGUUUUUUUCUUUGGCGGAGGAGCCCCGCAUUCAGAUGUGACCAACACGACGUCUGCUUUACGCUUGGAAGGGUGGGACGGUGAUGCUCCCACUGCCAUGUGGCAGCCCGUGACUGCCAUAGGGUGCGUAGAGUCAGGGCAAGUUCCCAGUGCGCGUCAAGGCCUGAAAGGAACGGUAUUUAACGACGAGUUCAUCAUAUUUGGAGGUCGACUGCUGGGCGGACGUUGCACAAAUGAAGUUUGGUCGCUGGAUCUAACAUCAGAUUCAGGUGCCACUGAAUCUUCGCCGCUGUUAGCGUGGAGGCAGCUUGAAUGCGACGGUCAAAGUCCUUCGCCCCGCGUGUGGCACAGUGCCUGUCAAGUGAUCCACGGACACUG